UGUCCUCCGCUGCCAUCCCGUCCCGACCCGGCCCCUGGAGGAGAGGAACCGCAAGCAGCAGCAGCUCCGUACCGCAGCACCAUCACUGCUGCCUGUCGCCUGCACGGUAACAUGGUUUGCAGGGCUCGGCUGCUGUAGCCAAGGGCCACUUAGUCAGUCACUCAACCAGUCAGUGUGUGUGUGUGGAUGUGUGUGAGUGUGCGCUAAGAAGCAGCAGUAGUAAGCAGACGGAGAUCAGUACAUCAGGAGCACCGGAGAACAGGAGCCGAGCAUCCCUGCAUCUCUACCCGGCUGUCCUGCACACCGGCCCCGCUGAACCGGAGCAGGGACACCCUCCUCCCCACCGCAGACUCUACCUCGGCUUCAUCGGGUGGGAAAAGCGGCCUGGCUAGUGCUGUAGUCGCUAUUGUUGUCAAGGAAACCAAGAGUCCUGUCCCGUUGCCAUGGGGAAACAGAACAGCAAGCUGCGGCCAGAGAUGCUGCAGGACCUCCGGGAGAAUACCGAGUUCUCCGACCAUGAGCUGCAGGAGUGGUACAAGGGUUUCUUGAAGGAUUGCCCCAGCGGAACCCUGAAUGUGGAGGAGUUCAAGAAAAUCUACGCCAAUUUCUUUCCUUAUGGUGAUGCCUCCAAGUUCGCUGAACAUGUCUUCCGAACGUUCGACACCAACGGCGAUGGGACGAUAGACUUCCGGGAGUUCAUCAUCGCCCUGAGCGUGACAUCACGGGGCAAACUGGAGCAGAAGCUGAAAUGGGCCUUCAGUAUGUAUGACCUGGAUGGAAACGGGUACAUCAGUCGCGAGGAGAUGCUGGAGAUUGUGCAGGUGAGCAAGUUGGGGGAAAAACAUGAGUUGAAAAGGAUGUGGGGCAAAUUGUCCCUGGAGGAGUUUAUCAAAGGUGCCAAAAGCGACCCCUCCAUUGUGCGGCUACUCCAGUGUGACCCAAGUUCAGCCUCCCAGUUCUGAAAUCCCCGCCCUGCUACGACCCCUUCUUCCUCACCAUUUCUGUUGCUAUUGAAACAGUCACUCAAAUCAAUGCAUGAUGGUUCUCGUCUCUCAUAUCAUCUCUUUUUUUUGUUUUUGUUAGUUGUUGUGAGCGAGGAUGCAGGAGGGAUUUUAAGGAAGAUAAGAAAAGCCAUCGCUAUCAUUUUACUUUCAUUUUUAUAUUUGGGAAAUAUGAAGGGACAUGCAUACAUUUAAUGAUCAGUGGCGUUAAUGUUCCCGAAUAUCUCUCUCUCUCUCUGGAACCACGGAUUUCCAGGGGAGCUUGUAACAAAGAGUGGAUUUUUUGCAGGGUGAGGAUUACUCAGUUUGUCCUCCAACACAUAUGUAUAUCAUGUAUAUACUGUACGUCUAUGUAUAUCAUAAGAUGAAGUUUGUCUUCAUGUAUGGUGCACACUCUGGCAUUGAAAGGCAGUAUUAUGU